AUGGAGACGCAGAGUGUAUGCAAACUGUUUGAGGUGGAUCUUCUGAAUGUGGACAGAGCUUGGCAGGAAGAGGCUGACACAUGUGUCCUCACUGUGAUUUGUGGGUCAGGGGUCCCCCAGGAUGUACUUUUGGGUUCUCCUCGGAAACAAUUUGCAGACCUACACACAGUGACCAGCUGUCCUCUGGAUACACAGACACCACAGUGUCCAGACCAGGAGACCUCUGGACAAACAGACUUUAAGAACACCAAAUUCAGUGAGAUGGGUUUGGAGACACACACCUCCACUCCCAGUGUGGGCCAGGGUCAGCGUUCCCCGAACUCAGAGAGUUAUAGUAAUUCCAGAGUGUUCUGGGUCAUUGAGGCGUCAAUGGCAAACCUUCUGUUGCACUGA